GCGUCACCGUCGUCGGUACAUUGAUGCGGCUUUUCGCUAUGAAUCGUGUUUCUCUCGUCGCGGAAUAGUAACAAUGACAAAAAUUUUUAUCACUGACUUUUAUUCAUUACCACACAAAUUAAGGACAAUUUAUUGUUAGUUUUAAGAAUUACAAAUAACUGUCUAUAUGAGUGUUUGACAUUUCCCGUGAUGUGCAACAACGACCAGGCGACGAGAAGGAGGAUCCAUCGGCCGAACAAGCAGUGCGCCGCUUCGUCAUCGCCGCAAGCCAACGAUCACGAUGAUCAGUUCGUGCACAAACUGGCUGUGUACAAGGAAAGAUGGGGCGGCCGGCGAAAAGAUGGCCAACCACCAUCCGCACGGGCCGCUCGAACGGAAGGACGUGCAGCCGGUAGUGACAAGCGGACCGGGACCCAGUCCUGGAAGCUCCAACUCCUGUGACGAUGUCAUACCGCCGCCUAAGAACUGCUAUAGGCUAGUUAUGCUAGGUUCUUCUAGAGUAGGUAAAACAUGCCUAGUGUCGAGGUUUUUGGGCGGUAAAUUCCAAGAGUGCUACACACCGACCAUAGAAGAUUUCCACAGAAAACUGUACAGAAUUAGAGGGGAAAUUUAUCAACUAGACAUACUCGACACAUCUGGAAAUCAUCCAUUUCCCGCAAUGAGAAGACUGUCGUUUUUAACAGGUGAUUUAUUCGUAAUUGUAUUCAGCAUGGAUAGUCGCGAAACUUUCGAGGAGGCAAUAAGGCUGCGGGAACAAAUCAUCGAGACGAAAGUGAACGCUGGAGCGUCGUCGAACAGCGGCGGUGGUCUGACCAGGAAAAAAACUCUGCCCAGAGUGCCCAUGAUACUCGCCGGGAACAAGUGCGACAAAGAAAUGAAAACCGUAACGCCGGAAGAAGCCCAAACCUACUGCGACACGCAAGACUCAAGCUGCGCCUUCGUGGAGACGUCGGCCAAGAAGAACCUGAAGGUGGACGAAGUAUUCUAUCAGCUGUUUCUGGUAGCCAAUCUGCCGCAGGAAAUGGCGCCCAACCACCACAAGCGAAUCAGCGCCAAUUUCGGGGCGCCGUGCCCUUUGCCGCCGUCGGCGCCCUCCCAUCAUGCUAAGAAAUACCAUUUAUCGGUCAAGAGGAGACUGAGCGACGCGUGCGGAGUAGUGACGCCAAACGUGCGCAGACCCAGUAUCAGAACCGAUCUGAUGAUCAUGAGGACCAAAACGUGCAGUCUCGGUGACGGCAAUGUCAAUUCCACCGGUUCGAAUUGGCGGAAAAUUGAGAACAACUGUGUCCUACAAUAACGUCACCAUCACAUUUUCAUUUCCGUUACUUUUCAAGUACUUAGUAGUUAGAAAUACGAAUAAACACUCUGAGUGUGAGUGUGAGUCUUUCAGUUUUUUCGCUUACUUACGCUACAGAUUCGUUAUCCUGGAAAUUACACAAACAGAUAAAAUGUUUCGUAGUUAGUAAACAUUGCUAUGGAUGUAUACAGAUCAGAGAUAUAAACGGCUGUUGUUCUAAUUUCAGAUUGCAUUUCUCGUGAAGUAAGUUUACGAACUUGCAGAAUAAAUAUAAAGUCAUUUCAUAAGCAUUUCAUUUUUCAAAUAAAAUAAAUAUUGAUAAGCAAUAAGUCAUCGCUCUCUUUUCCAGAUGGAAUUGAUAAAAAAUAUUUUCAUUUUAUUGUCACAGUCGUAAAUCACCCAAUUGUUUAGUCAAACUUUUUUAUGGUAAAAUAUCAACAAAACUGGUGUUAUGGAUAUACUUCUUACCUAUCAAAAAAAAAAGAAUUGUCUAAAUAGAAAUUAUCAAAAAUUAAUUUAUUUUAUAUAUACAUAUACUGCGAAAACUUCUCUAAAAAUCCAGGUGACGAUAUCAUUUAAUAAUCUUUAUCUCUUAAUAACUCUUGUGGACCGACAAACCUACACUAACAUAUAUUCUAAAAUUUUAAAUAUUACCCCCGUUAAUUAUAUUUAGACAAUUAAAGUUACUUAAACCAAUUACUGAGACCAAAUUAGAACAUUGUACAAACAUAACUAUAUCAUAAUAUCAAAAGUUAAUAUGCAAAUAUGUAACCGCAUAUUUUAUGUGCAAACAUAAAAUAUAACAUAAAACUAAAUAAUGAUAAUUAUUUUUGUGGUUUCAGUAUCAUUUUCAUAAUAACAUUUGUGUUAUUUGCUAACGACAAAGACCACAUAUA